GGGGGGCGAUACUUCGCCGCUACACUUCUAGUCUGUCGGAAGUCAAGAGGAAGAAGAAAAAGGCGAAGAAGCAGAAGAAGGCUCGGGCAACUGGUUCCCCGCCGUGUCUGUCUGUGCUCUGCUGUCCUCCCUGUACCUCGGGGUCAUAUAUGUCCGCGCUCCCUCCAUCUUGCUGCGGGCCGAGACAAAGAGGAGCCCCGCAGACGGCCGCCACUGACCGGGGCAUCUCAGGGUCAUCAGCCAGUAGGCAGUCACAGGUGGUCUAAAGCGCCCCGGGACAGGUACGAGCCAGUGGGACCUUCUCACUGGUAGAGGAACUAGCAGCUCUGUGGACUAAGUUGUGUGUUCUGGAGUAGAAGCCAUGCUGAUGUGUUCCUGUGGCAGUGGGUGCAGUGUUGCCCUCUGGUGGACCGUGGCUGUAAUGCUGUUGGGGGAGCUCCACGCAGACACCUCCCAAACACAGGUGCUCCAAGACCUGCUGACUCGCUAUGGGGAGAAUGGCACCAUCUCAGUCCCUCAACUGCGCGCCCUGCUGGCCCUGCUGAGCCAAGGCCCAGAGCAGGAUCCCACCCCGGCCACACAGGCACCGUCCAACAGCUCCAGGUGUCUGUCCACAGACACACUGGCUGUGUUUCAGAUCAGUGAGCAGGCUCACCUGGAUGAACAGCAUCUACAGGAGCUGUGCCCCACCAUGCUGCAGCAGCUUGGAGCGGGCUCCUGUAGGGGCCUCAAUGAGGAGGGGCCAAAUGCUGAGAUCUCCCCCAGGCCCACAGAUGCAGAAGUGUGGGGCUAUGGGAUCCUGUGUGUGACCCUCAUCUCUUUGUGCUCGCUGGUGGGGGCCAGCGUGGUGCCUUUCAUGAAGAAAACCUUUUACAAACGCCUGCUGCUCUACUUUAUCGCCCUGGCUAUUGGCACACUCUACUCCAACGCCCUGUUUCAGCUCAUCCCAGAGGCCUUUGGUUUUGACCCAAUGGUGGACUUCUAUGUGUCCAAGUCAGCCGUGGUGUUUGCAGGCUUCUACCUGUUCUUCUUCACUGAGAAGGUUCUGAAAGUGCUGCUCAAACCAAAAGCUGGGAGCCCCAGACAUGACCAUUACCCAGCAGCUGAGCACUACUCGGAGCCCGGCAGUGAACUGGAGGAGGGUGACAAGGAGAAGCUGCGGCAGAACGGUGAAGUCAACAGUUCUGCUUUGGAGCCAGGAGAGGGCGCCCUCAUGCUCUGCCCCACACAGACACCACAGGACACGCAGCGUUCCGACAGUGGGCUGUGCUCUAAGGGCCGCGGCUGUUACCGGCUCAAGGGGGCCACAUACUCGGACAUUGGCACACUGGCCUGGAUGAUCACCCUGAGUGAUGGCUUGCACAACUUCAUUGACGGCCUGGCCAUCGGAGCCUCCUUCACAGCGUCUGUGUUCCAGGGCAUCAGCACUUCUGUGGCCAUUCUGUGUGAGGAGUUCCCUCAUGAGCUGGGGGACUUUGUGAUCCUGCUGAAUGCAGGCAUGAGCAUCCAGCAGGCACUUUUCUUUAACUUCCUGUCGGCGUGUUGCUGUUACCUGGGCAUGGGCUUUGGGAUCCUGGCCGGGAACAGCUUCUCUCCAAACUGGAUCUUUGCUUUGGCUGGGGGCAUGUUCCUCUACAUCGCCUUGGCAGACAUGUUUCCAGAGAUGAAUGAAGUGAGUCUGGAGGAAGAGCGAGCAGGCAGUAGCAGCUUCCUCCUGACUUUUGCCAUUCAGAACACUGGUCUACUCACCGGCUUCUCCAUCAUGCUGCUUCUCACCAUGUACUCUGGCCACAUCCAACUGGGCUAGCAGCAAGGACCUCUCCCCUGUGCUUCAAAGAGCCGUGUGCAGCGGGCAUGCACACCAGUCCGGAGUUGGGAUGUGAACACAGAAAUUAUUAACUACCAGUCCUCUUCAGCCACAGAAGGAGCAAGGGCAUCCAAGCAUCCUCAAUGUUCAUGAUACCUGCUGUUUGUAUGUUUGUUGUUUUUUUUAAUGCAAAAACUUGUAAGGACCUAUCUGGAGUUAAAAGAAACUGGAACUACAACAUGCACUUGUUACUUGCUAUUUUUAUCACAUGAUACUAUAAAAAUGAUACUAAUUAGGUGUGGGACAAGACGUCAUUUCCACAAAAUGAGACAAGAGAUUGAGUCCACAAGAAUGAGACAAGAUAAGAUUUUGACAUAGUUUGUAAUAAAUCAAUUUUGCAGUUCAGUUGACAAUUUUGGCCUCUUUGUUUAAUAUUUUUGCUGUCAUCGUAGCACUGCUCUUUGGAUCUUCACAGCGUCUCAAAUGUAGUUCUCCACCAUUUAACCCCUUUUUGUCCAAUCCAAGAUGUAAACACAUGAAGAAAAAAACUAAAAAAAAAGUCAAGAUAAUUUUUCUCAUGUGCGCACAAUCUUGUGGCAAUUUUCUCAUGAAAUCUUGUCCCAUCUCUAAUACUAAUGUAACCAAAUAUUGCUGCUCUAAUGGGCUACAGUGGUGACUCUUCACUGGACCAGUGCACUACAGUACUAUUCAUUCCAUAGGUCAUUUGUUAUAUUUACAUGCUCAAUUGCUUCUUGGUUUAAAUUCAGGGAUCUCAUUUUGUAACUAAGUGCAAUGUUUCCCUACAGAGCUCAUCCUUCCAAAAGCCAUGAAGAAAAUGGUGUUAAUAUUGUUUUUUUAAUGUUGGUGUUAAAGUUGAGUGUUUACUUUGACAUAGGGCGAUGAGCCUGUCACGAUAAUUACUUUAUGGACCUAUCAUGCAAUAAAUAAUAGUUGGGACAAUAAUUUUUGGGGGUCAAUAUUUAUCGUGGGUAGUUUUUCAUUGUACUAGUGGGAAAAUGUGUUAUUUUUCUGUACUAUGAUAUUUGAGGAAAAAAAUGUUGAAUGAAUAACUAUGACACAUUCUAUGAGACAUUUAUAGAUACAAACUAACUACAGAAAUGUUUCAUAACUGCCAUUUAUUUAUUGCAGCAAAUUUACUGUACAUAUACAAUAUUUUUUUGGGGAAAAUCCUGCUUUAGGGUUUUUGCGUCAGUAAAACAAAUUGGUUUCAGUAUUAUCGUGUAUCAUCUAUAUUUACUUAAGCAAUAUAUUGCACUUCAAAAUGUGUUAUCGUGACAGGCCUAGCGAUGUGCUGAUAACAAUUGUGAAUCCUGUGAUAAUCUGCAGUUUUGAUGAUCUUGUCAUACACAGACCCUCUUCCCCACGCUCAUUCCUACCGUUGGUCAUGUGAGGGAGUGACAGCUGUACAGUAAAGUUUAAACUCCAUUGACAGUAUAAAGAAAUUAAAGAUGCUUAUUUUUAAACUUUUCUAGUGGAGGUUCUAACACCUGCUCUUCUCCAUAGAGAUGUUAUUGGUUUGCCUGGAAUGUUCCACAGUACGGCAUUCAAGGGUCCAUGUUAUGUCAUUUUCUGAUCUAUGUUAUGUUUCCUCAUCAAAAAUGUACCUGGAGUUGUUAUGUUUCAUUCACACAUGUUUAACAUACAAAUCCUGCAUAAUUAGUUCUUCUCUCAAAUGGAAAACACACACUUUUCCAAUUUGUGAUGUCAUGCGGCAAUACAGGAAGUGAUUCACUGUGUUCUUAAACUCCUUACAUAUUCACUAUCUUCAUUUGGAUACUUUCAGCCCUGGAAUUGGCAAUCUCUACUGAACUACAGUUAAAGGUAGAUGUUAACAUGAAAACUACCACUACAUGACAUCACAAGUAGAUGAUAGAGAUGACUAAUAAUAAAUGAUUACUCAAAAAUGUGUGAAGGAAAUUAAGCACAACUCAAGGUAUGUUUUUAAUGAGGUAACAGCAUUAUAAUAUGACUAAAAGCCCACAAGAAUCAAUUUUGUGUAAUAUAGGACAUCUAAACUUUGUGCCAUACUGUGUACAAGCUCAAGGUCACCAUUACCUCUAUAAAUACAAGAUUGUGUUCUACUCUAUUCUGUGGAGUAGAACAAGUCAAGGCAAAGCCUGGUGAGAACUGGACUGUCCACUACAAAGCUUAAAGUGCAAAGGCUUAUACAUUUUUAUAAUUCUGACUUGGGUUUGGUGAGAUAGUACCUUUGAUCAAUAUUUAUCAGAGUUUUACAUCAGUUAAGUGGCAGCUUGUGAAGAAAAGUUGAGAAGAAAAGAACAUAAAUACAGAAAGUAGCCGUGAGUUCUAAAACAGGACAUGUGUCAUAAAUGCUGAAAAUUCCAUCCAAAAUGCAAUUUAUUCAAAAUUUUAAAAACUACCGGUAAACAGAAUUUGUAGUGAAAUUUGUAUAAUGAUGUUAACUAUGUUUUAGUGAAAUGAGUAGUCUAAUCUUUCAUAUGCACUUUAUUACAAACUGAGGUCUAGGCUCUACAAUUGUAAUAAUAUUUUGACAUAGCCCCCAUCCAUACGUCAAUGCUCCCUGGCGAAAAGUAAAUUCUCAUGUUUUUAUUACCAUUGUGCAAAUUGAUUUCUGUCUUGCAGUAGAAAUAAGUCAUUUUAAUCAAACUAAAUGGGACCAAAGGAGCUUUGAGAGAAAAAUACAAAAUCUUUUCUAUGGAUUUAUUUUUUAUUUCUAAAUGUUGUUUGAGUUGAUAAAUGUUUUUGCAUAUCAUUACCCUGCAGUUACAAUUGCCUGUAGGAACACAAAAUGAGUCAUUCUAACACUUAAAUGUGAAAAUCCUGGGUAUAAAAGCUCUUUCAUACUUGCUUGCCUUCACAGUGUGGGUGACUGACAAGCACUAGCAGGUGGAGGUUUCAGGCGCCACAGCUUUGUAAAUAAGUGUAUACAGUUAAAGAGGGUCAAUUUAUAGUGCGUGACAGGAUUUCUAUUCUGUUGGCCCUGUUUGUGUGCCCAAAACUUAUUUUGUAUUAUGUUAUCUAAUUAUGGCAUUUUAGAAUAAAUGAACGAAUUAAAUAAGAAAUUGAUUUUAUAAAAUAUGUAGAAUAGAUUUUUAUUUAUUGAUUUUUGGUGUAUCUGUUCUAUUACAACUUUUCAAAAAACAAUCAAACAAAAAA